UUUGAAAGAAAAAAACAAACCAGGAAGUUCAGCGGAGGAGGAAAUCUGAGUCCGGAGGCGCAUCAGACUUUGAAGACUUAUAAACAGCUUUUAAAACAUUUUAAAUAAUAGCGUCAACUUUAGGCCAGGUUGAUCCAUCGAGCAGCCGUCGGAGGGUUUUGUUUCCAACAAGAUGGACACUGAUCCGAUCAAAUUAGGCUGAUUGUGGAACCUGAACUAAAACCAGUUUGACACCCCUGACAUGGCACAGGAGCAGGGAGGAGUGCAGACAGCACCGGAGCCCAAGGACAAAGUGCAGGCGUUGAAGGACCAGGUAGAUGGAGUGAAAGACAUCAUGACACAGAAUGUGGACCGGAUCCUGGCCCGAGGAGAGAGGCUGGACGACCUCAUGGGCAAGUCAGAGGAUCUGCAAGCAGGGGCUCAGCACUUCAAGCAGACGUCUCAGAAAGUGGCUCGCUCCUACUGGUGGAAGAACGUCAAGCUGGUUGUGAUCAUCGUGGUGAUCGUCCUCAUCAUCGUGCUCAUCAUCGUCCUGCUGGCCACCGGAGUCAUCCCCGUCAGUGCCCCCGUGCCUCCUAUAGUCACUCCCACCACCAAGCCUUAAACACACACUGACACACACACACACACACACACACACACACACACACACACACACACACACACACACACACACACACACACACACACACACACACAUCAUGCACACACAGACACGAUUAAACCAUAAGCAAACACAUUCCUGUUGCACAAUGUUACAUAUAGACUCCGGCCAAUCACUGCUGUUGGGUAAAACAUUUAUUACUUACUGUCUAGUGGUAACUUUCAGGAAUUCAGAUAUUUCCUUCUUUGGUUUAAGGCACUUUAAUGACACACGCUUUUGAAACCCUUUCAAACAACUGAAGCUCAAUCAUUUUUAAAUUAGUGAGAAUUUAUACACGAUUAUGUGGAGGGUCUGAGAUUUUCACCUGACAGCAGCAAGCACACUGUCACUGCUCUCAAAGGAUGCUUCAUUCCACCUCUGCCAGCUCCUCUUUGUUCCACUGAUUUACCACCAACAAUUAUUUCAUUCUGACCAAGAGCAAGUACCUUGAAUGUUUCUGCAUAGAAAUAAUGAAUGCCGGUUCCUUCAGUUUCUUAAUUUGCACUAUGUGAAAAGUUUUUGGUUAUAUGCAUCUUUGCCAAGGACAGACUGUGCAGUUUAAAGCAUGAGAAACUGUCUAAAGGAACCCAGGCACCUUUUUUUGAACAUUGAAAAAAUGCACUCUGAACUAACACACUGAGGUCACAGUAUAUUUAAUGGGAGGUUAAAAUGUGUAUCAGAAUUGUAUAUUACCAUAUGUGGGCUUAUUUCAUUCAAAGUGCCUCUAGUUUCUUCAAUCACACAGUCAUAGAUACAGACAAUCUUGGAAAACAAUUGUGAGUUCAAUGUUUGCACUUAGCACUGCUUUAGUUCUGUAACACAAUAAUCUGUGUUUGAGGAGACGGUUAUGAAGCUAUUUUAUGCACAGAGAAACAUCUGUUACAGGACAGGAGUGAAGUGUGUUGGGAUUCAGAAUAUCUGCAGUGAGUAGAAUACCUCUAAAACCAGGAGUGUCUUUAUAGUACAUCUGACUUUUAGUUAAGCCGUAAAACUCAACUAAUGACGAGACAUGCAGUUUUGUGAUUGUGAAAUGCAGCAAUACAUGGUCUUUAGAGUGAAAGAUGUCAUUAGUGCUGUGCAGCAUCAUCAGCCUUUUUAAUAUGAUCAUGUUAAUUAUUUCCAUAGAGUGUGUAUUUUUUUUUUUCUAACAUUCCACUUUGAUCCUUGAUUUAAUAAACGCACCGCCAUGCUCAUGUCUGUUCACACACUUCUAGUGUUGGAGGAUCUUCCUGCCACCCAGCUGGGAGACAUCGUUUAGAGCCCCUACAAAGCUCCUCCAGCUGGGCUUGUGUCAACCAAGAGGCCCUCACAGUUUCGGCUCAUAACUGGAAAAUGAAAUUCCAAAAUGUGGCCUUUUUUUCAGAAUACAAGUCAAAGGAUCUUGUGUGUCUCUCCUCCCACCUCUUUCAGAUGUUACAGACCAGUUUAGCUUCAAAGAGGUCAAAAAGCUUCCAGUUCUGAUCUGUAUAUAGUGAUAUUGUCACCUGUAUAUAUAUUUGCUACAGCUCUUAACCAACGUGUUAAUAAAUGUGUCUAUUCUUAAGAGGCUGUUAAGUUAAUGAUUAACUUUUUAAUUAAAAAAAUGGACCAAUGGAUGCUAAAUGUGAUUAAUGGUACAGAUCAAUUAGUCCGCUGUCGAUCGUGUUUUUUAGACUAGGGUAAAAGGGAGAUUGUUUUGGAGCAAAUUCUCAUGUGUGUCUGUAGUGUUUGUUGUAUUUUUUUAACGUUCUCCUGGGAUGCAGUAGUCACUAAUAUGUUCAAGCCUCCUGCUGGUCGGAUCAAUACUGCAGCAGGGCCACAGUCUGAUUUGUAUUCAUACAAGCUCCAGCUACAGCAGGUUUGUCGCAGUGUCAGAAGCAUUUUCCCCUGUUUUUGGAACAUGCAUUCUUAACACAGAUAAAAGACUCCUGCUCUGUGAUGUAGCUCAAUAUUUGAUUAGCAGAAUUCAUAUUCAUAUGACUUAUGGUAUUUAAUGGUUUUAAUGGUCUGACAUGAAAUAAAUAGUAUUUACCUCUGC